AGGGAGUGCUCUGUAAAUGUUUGUUGAGUGAGAAUGAAUGUUUGGAGAUAAUUAAAAUACAAGGCAGAAAAGAAAAAGCAUUCUAAUAGGUAUUUACGAAACAUGCAUGGGUCAGAGAGGGGGAGAUUAACUCCAAAUGAGGCAUCUAAAAAGGCCUUACAGAAGAGGGGGCAGUUAAUCUGGGUCUUGAAGGGCAGUGGUGAAUAGGAAUUUACCAGAGACAGAAAAUGAGUUUGUGAUGGAGGGAGGGUAUUGUGAAAGAAGAUUCCAGGCUGAGAAAUCAAUGUUAGCAAGGGAGGAAGUCAUGAGCAUGCAUGAUGCCUUCAAGAAACUGAGUCAUCCAGUGGCUUAAGUGGGUGCUUUGCAAGAGGAGGCGAGAGGAGGAAGAAGACAGUUCUCAGAGGACCUGGAAGACAUGCCAGAGGGUUGCAGACAGCACAGAGCAGAACUGGAGCUGGCCAUUAGGGUCACCCUUUACGCAGUGAUCUUUCUGAUGAGCGUUGGAGGAAAUGUGCUCAUCAUCGUGGUCCUGGGACUGAGCCGCCGCCUGAGGACUGUCACCAACGCCUUCCUGCUCUCACUGGCAGUCAGCGACCUCCUGCUGGCUGUGGCUUGCAUGCCUUUCACCCUGCUGCCCAAUCUCAUGGGCACGUUCAUCUUUGGCACAGUCGUCUGUAAGGCGGUUUCCUACCUCAUGGGGGUGUCUGUGAGUGUGUCCACACUAAGCCUCGUGGCCAUCGCCCUGGAGCGAUACAGUGCCAUCUGCCGACCGCUGCAGGCACGCGUGUGGCAGACGCGUUCCCACGCGGCUCGUGUGAUUAUAGCCACGUGGAUGCUCUCUGGACUGCUCAUGGUGCCCUACCCGGUGUACACCGCCGUACAGCCAGCAGGAAGGGCCCGUGUGCUGCAGUGCGUGCAUCGCUGGCCCAAUGCGCGCGUCCGCCAAACCUGGUCGGUCCUGCUGCUCCUGCUCUUGUUCUUCGUCCCGGGUGUGGUCAUGGCUGUGGCCUACGGGCUCAUCUCCCGCGAGCUCUGCUUAGGACUUCGCUUUGACGAAGACCGUGACAAGGAGAGCCAGAGCCGAGGCCCAAGCCAAGGAGGGCUGCGGAGUGGAGCGGCACCUGGUCCUGCCCACCCAAAUGGGCGUUGCCUGCCCGAGAAUGGGCUGUCUGGCGAGGAUGGUGAUGGCUGUUACGUGCAGCUUCCGCGCUCCCGGCAGACCCUGGAGCUGUCCGCGCUGACUGCGCCCACUCCUGGGCCAGGAUGUGGCCCCCGGCCCUACCAGGCCAAGCUGUUGGCUAAGAAGCGCGUGGUGCGGAUGUUGCUCGUGAUCGUUGUGCUUUUUUUCCUGUGUUGGUUGCCACUGUAUAGUGCCAACACGUGGCGUGCCUUCGACAGCUCUGGUGCACACCGCGCACUUUCAGGAGCGCCGAUCUCUUUCAUCCACUUGCUGAGCUACGCCUCAGCCUGUGUCAACCCCCUGGUCUACUGCUUCAUGCACCGUCGCUUUCGCCAGGCCUGCCUUGAGACGUGUGCCCGCUGCUGCCCCAGGCCUCCACGAGCUCGCCCCAGGCCUCUUCCCGAUGAGGACCCUCCCACCCCUUCCAUUGCUUCCCUCUCCAGACUGAGCUACACCACCAUCAGCACACUGGGGCCUGGCUGAGGGGUAGAGGGGGAGUGGAGGCUGAGGCAGGACACACCCAUUCCUACAAGCAGGGACCCAUCCAGACACACGAGAGACACACACCCACUGACAUAGGAGACCGACACCCAAAAGCAUGGACUAAUCCCAAUGCACCGGUGCGCCCACACCCCCGCCCCCAAACACACAAGUGGCUUACCUGACACAAAAGAAACAAACCAGACUGCCACAUAGGAAAUUAGGCACACUCUUGAUAUGGGACUGAGCCUGGCACACAGAAACAUGGCACUGACCUUAGACAUACACACAGCAGCCCUAGCAAUGGACUCUCCGUACAUAGGGGAAACUCAGAGAGGCUGGCCUGCCUCUCUCUCAUACACACAUGGUGAUGGCACUGCUUCUCUAGGGCUCCGGAGCCUGGCAAGGUACUGACUCCUGAGAUGCUCCAGGCUGCCCCCAGUUUGACCUCACAGUGCUCUUCCCCAUUUCAGCACUGAAAAUACCAACCAGCAUAAUCUCACACUGCCCUGACCAACAGGCCAUUUUGCACUGAAAAGGCCCUUCAUUCCUUUCCAGUUCAAUACUAUGCCCCUGCCCCUCAUCCCUCACCCAAACUCUUCAAGAAAUAAAAAUGACUUGGCUUC